UUUAUAUUACGGAGUAUUGUUACAGGAGGGAGUGUUCGCUGUUCCUAGAUUGUUUUGUAGCGCUAUUAUAUCUUCUGAUUGGUUUCAACAUGGUGGAGUCUAUGCCUUCAUUACCGGGUGUUGUGUCGGAUUGCUGAUUGCUGUGUUUAUUCUGAUGUUAUGGGAGUUUUGUGCGAGGAGAGGUUGGACCGUGUCCUAUAGUUACUGCGUGUCUAUGAUGAUCGACGUUUGCUCUGAUAAUUCCUUUAUACAUGCAGUACAGGGUGUUUUUCGGAUAAUCUUUACCUGUGUAAGUUUUAAGAUGUGCAGAGGGAAGAAAUUUGAGGUAGUUGUUGACAAAGGUGAGGGUUCAAGCAAGAUGUAUCCUGAUCCUAAAGGGACUGCAGAAACUCCGAGAAAGAGGGUAAAGAUAAAGAGAAGAGUUUUGGAUUUGGGGUCGAAUGUUGAAGAGAACUUAACUGAGACUGGUUCAGCACCCUAUCUACGGUCUGGAGAUCCUGAGCUUCCUCCCUAUACGAAUUAUGAUCCUCUGCAGGGCGUCAGUUUUAGCUAUCCUGGUGUCUCUCAUUCUCUUAAUUUGCCAGAGAUAAGAAGAAUAGAUGAGAGCAUUCGUCUUCAUGUGCCACAACCUGGAGUAUUCGUACAGAAUGGAACAAACCUAGCAGGUGCUGGACCGAGGGUUGAGGUUGGACAUGAAAACAGUGCUAGGAUUGAGGGAGGAGCAGAUUCCGCAGGAGGGGUUAGAUCAAGAUACAAUACUGGAGAGCACGGACAAGAUCAGUUUACAACACCAACAGGACGUAUGAGUGAGAGAAGUCCGGCUGUCCAGAAGUUCUUGAAUGUUUUGAGAAAACCUCCAGUCCAGGGUGAGGAUGAAAAGAAUAGAGUGUUGGAAAGGACUGUGACUGUAAAUACUCCUGCUAUUGAUGAGGAGGCAACAGAUGAUGAGGAGUUUAGUCAAGGUUUCGAGGGUCAAGAUGGGGGGUUAACUACUCUCCGUCGGUCUCAGAGAGAUCGUAAGGCUCCUGACUAUUUUGUACACCAGGAAUUGACGUUGAUAAAUAUGUUUCUUUUUAGGGUUGGUAUGCAUUGGUUUGAUUUUUUAAUAGAUGAUUGUUUGAUUGUUUUGAUGUAUGAGUUGAUUACAAAUGAUUUGAUUAAGAUAUUGGUAGUUUUUGAAUUAAAAUUAAGUAACAACGCAAUUUUAAGUGAGAAAUUAAUCAUAAAAUCAUUUUUUAAUAAAAAAAGUUGCUUUUCUUUCAGAAUUUAAAGUAGUAAAUGAUGAGAUAUGGAUUUGAUGGAUGUUUGUUUGAAUUAGUUUUAAGUUUCGGAUGAAACGGGACACUGUCUGAUGUUGAUCAUAGGUUGGAUGGUGUACCUGCAGUAAUUGAGGCAUGAUCUGGUUACUUGCUGGAUACUUAGUUGAGUGGAGAUAAAGAGGAAACACUUUUCUUAGUGAUAUGAACUUAAGAUGAGGCAACAGGUUUGGUUUAGACAGAGGCAGAGUUUGCAUGCUAUCUUCAAUUUCAGCAUUUGUUGCUCUGUAGGAGAGACGUUUUCCCAUGUAUGCUAGAAGAUCUGAUCCUUGGCUGGAGCAUAGCGGGGCCAGGAGAAUUAUCGCAAUCCUUGAUGUACCUGAAACAAGAGGUUGUAAAGCAGAUGUGUGUGACAGUUUGAGAUGGUCGAAAGAAACAAACGGGGUUAGAGAAUUUAAAAUUUAACAUUUUGGAUUGUUUUGUUCAAAUGGAGAAGAAAAUUGAAAAUUAGAUUUGAGGAUAAUUAUGGUUAAUUGCAGUAAUUAUUUAGAAAAAUGCAAAAAUGAAAAGCAGUCGAUUUAUCGAUUUUCGUAAAUUAAAAUGAGAUUUUAUGUAAAGGGAUUGAAGUUUUAAUUGGCUUAGUUUCUGAG